UGAGGGGUCUGCUCAGGGGGCAGGAGGGGUUAUUUCCCUCUGCCACCCUAGCAGGAGCAGCCUGGAGGGGGUUCCUGGCUGAACUAGGAGCCGGAGGGCAGCACCCAUGGGUGCAGGGUGGGCAGCGGCCGGCGGAGGGCAGCAGCGGCUCGGCCAUGGGGAGCAGCGGUGGCUCAGCACGGAGGGGGCGAGCUGGGACCCCCCCCGGCUGCAGCAGGGUCGUGCACCACCAGGGCAGCCCGGCUGAGGUCCCCUUGGAGCUUGCAGCCAGGUUGGACCCCUUUGGGCAGGGACCAAGCUCCUUGCAAGCUGAGGUCUGCAGAAGUCCCCCUUUUUUCACCUAUGUCCCCACCCCAGGAGGGUCUGGAGGGUCUGGGGGGGCGGUGAGAUGCACUUGGGGGGGGGCGGAUUUUGGGGCUUGCUCCUGCUUGGAUGGGGUCUCACGAGCGGCUCUGGGAGCUGCUCCUGCGCUGGGAGGUCGCUCCUGGCACCGCUCCCGGCUCCUUCGUGCCGAAAUCCCAGCUGGUUUUGUUCUGCUGUGGAGCCACCGAGUCUCUGCCGUGGAUGGGGAUGUGCCGAGGGCUGACAGCGCAGCCGGGGACAGCACCGGAGCCCUCCCCUGUGUCCGGCCAUGGGGCUGAGUGGGUGGCCGGGUGUCACAGCGAGAGGGAUGCUCGGGGACAUUGGUACCCACCCAGCGUGGUGUCCUGCCAUCCCCCUGUCCGUGGGUUCCCGGCCACGAAGCUGCUCCCAGGGUGCUUGCGAGAGCCAGGGCAGAAAUCUGCUUUCAAGAUGUGGGGAGGCCGGAAGCGGCGUUUCAAAGGGUUCGAGCGCCGCAGCCCCGCCAGGCGCGGGGGCCUCCGCGGCCGAGCCUCACUGGAGCUGCUGGACCUGGGCCUUGGAAGGGUGCCUUUGGGUGGUGAUGGCACCCUGGCCGAAGCUGCGCUUGCAGCACCCAUGCGUGGGUGUGGAGACGGAGACCUGCUGGCAGCACGGAGCAGAGCAAGGGCAAGUGGGCCACUUCCACAAGUCCUCCAGGCCAAGAAAGGGGGACUUUGGCCAGGCUUGGUGGCACUGUGCCGUGCCAUGCCGCGCCAAUUGGCCCCACCGCCCACUUUGCUGUGAGCGCGGUCCCCAGCCUUGCAGCAGCGAGGCCGGCCCACCCUGCGAGGAGGGAGCCGACUCAGCACAUAUUUGCUCUUUGUUUACUGGCUGUUGCUUGUAAAAAAUAAAAAAUAAAUUUAAAAAAAGAAAAAAAAAAUCCCCCAAAUACCAUUUUUAUAACGGCAGCCCUUGCACGCAACGUCCUGAUGGGAGCAGGAAGGAGCUGGAUCCCAUCGUGUGCUGGCUGGGGCGAGACGUAGCGGGUACGGGGUGGCCCCGGACACUGAGGAGAGGUUGGGGCAGGGCUGGAUGAGACCCUCCACAGCAGCGUGCUAAAGCACCAGGCAUGGGGUAGCCCUGGGCACGGUAGGUCAAGAUGGUGCUGGGUGGUUUGGCAUGACCUUGGAUAUGGAAUUUAACUCACGGACACGAGCCCUGGCCAGGUUCUCCAGGUCACCAUCUCCAAUCCAGCCGCCGGUGAUGACUCUGCAGGGGCUGUUCCCAAAAUUUAUCCUCCGUGCACUGCAGACAGGUGCUGUGCCCCCUUCCCUGGCCACAUAUGGAGGAAAGGCUUCGGUGCAAGAGGUUUGGUGGAGCUCGGCUGGGCUCCCACAGUGCGAUGAGGAAGAUGCUGGGGGAGUGGAGCGCGAGGUCCUGCCAUCCCGAGCCUCCUUCCAAGGGGAUUUUCGUGGUCCUGCCUGUGCUUCUCGUGAGCCAGC